AUGAAGGAGGAGACCUCCAGACCAUCUGUACCCUACAGCUCUCCUAACCUUCAUCUGCUCUUCACAGCUGAGACUACUGAUGCUGCAGUGGUCUGUAGAGAGUUGGACUGUGGGGAGGCUGUAGAGGCAUUGCAUAAUGCUCAUUUUGGAGAGGGAUCAGGACCAAUCUGGAUGGAGAAUGUGGCCUGCAGUGGGUCAGAGUCUACACUGAAGAACUGUACAUCAGCAGGAUGGGGCAAACAUAACUGUCUUCAUUCUGAAGAUGCUGGAGUCAUCUGCUCAGGUCUUGUGACCAGACUAGUUGAUGGAUUUAACUUGUGUUCUGGGAGACUAGAGCUUCUACGUGGAAACAAAUGGGGCACGGUGUGUGAUGCUGCCUUUGACCAGCAGGAUGCAGAGGUUGUGUGUGGAGAGCUGGGCUGUGGGGCUCCUGGAGAAAUUCUGGGGGGAGCAGCUUUUGGCAGAGGGGAGGGCCAUGUGUUGUCAGAUGAGUUUCAGUGUGGAGGAAAUGAAUCUGAGAUAUUCCUUUGUCCAAAAUCACCUUCACAGAAACAAAACUGUUCUCACAAUAAUGAUGUGGGACUUACAUGCACAGCUUACACAGAGUUCAAACUGGUUGGAGGCCUUGACUCCUGUGCUGGUCGAGUUGAGCUGCGGUACCUGGAUGAGUGGGGCACAGUGUGUGAUGCAUCAUGGGACAUGAGAGCUGCCAGUGUCCUCUGUAGACAGCUGAAUUGUGGGAGUGUUCUGGCCCUCGUGGGGUUGGAUCGUUUUGGAGAGGGGAGUGGUCAAAUUUGGUCUGAUGUGUUUGAUUGCCAGGGGAAUGAGACACACCUGUCAGAAUGUGUCAUCUCUUCAUGGAGUCGAGCUUCAUGUUCUCAUGAACAGGAUGUUGGAGUCGUCUGCUCUGAUUCCUCAAAAUCUGUUCAGGAUGGAAUGGUGCGGACCAUUGGAGAGAGAGAAUGUGAGGGAGAGGUUGAGGUUUAUUCCCGUAAGGCCUGGAGGCGACAUCUGUUGAACUCUUUUGGUUUCCCUGAAGCCUCUGUGUUCUGCAGACAGUUGGGUUGUGGCUCUGCUUUAAAGUUCUGGAACUCCCAUCCGUCCAGCAUCAAAGGCACUGAAGUGUGUCUGACAGAUGUAUCGUGCUCUGGGAAUGAGGCUCAUGGAUAUCAAUGCAGAUACAAUCCUGGUGCAGACUGUGCUCAUUACCAAUAUCCAUCAGUCAUCUGCUCUGGUCCCAGGUCCCUCAGGCUGGUGGGUUCUGGGAGUGACUGUGCAGGGAGACUGGAGAUUUUCCACAAAGACUCAUGGGGAACAGUGUGUGAUGAUUCCUGGGAUAUUGAGGAUGCCCAGGUCGUGUGCAGACAGCUCCAGUGUGGAGAGGCCCUGAGUGCCCCAGUUCCAGCCUGGUUUGGUCCUGGAACUGGACCCAUAUGGCUGGAUGAGGUGGAGUGCCUGGGGAAUGAGACGUCCCUGUUGAGUUGUUCUUCAAAGAGAUGGGGACAACAUGACUGUGGACACAGUGAGGAUGUGGGAGUGGUGUGUUCAGAGUUCAAAGAGGUCAGACUUACUGAAGGCUGCUCAGGGAACCUGGAGGUAUUUUAUAAUGGGACCUGGGGUAAUGUCUGCAUGAACCAGAUGGACUCAGACACAGCCUCUUUAAUCUGCCAAGAGCUGAACUGUGGAAAGAGUGGCAGUGUUGACUGGGCCAGACCAAGAGUGGCUUCAGCUCCAAACUGGCUUGAUUUAAUGAAAUGCAGACCACAUGACGUCACUCUGUGGCAGUGUCCAUCUUCACCUUGGGGUCAGAAUGAAUGCACUGAUGUUGAAGUGGCUCAAAUUACCUGUUCAGAAGAAAAAAGUUUGAACCCACGAAGUCAUUUGACAUGUUCAGCAUCUACAGCCCAGAGGCCAUGUUCGGACCGUCUACCCCUCAGACUGAUGGGAGGAGAGGGCCAGUGUUCUGGGAGGCUGGAGGUUUAUCAUAACGGUACCUGGGGCUCAGUCUGUGAUGAUCUGUGGGACAUGAGGGAUGCUCAGGUGGUGUGCAGGCAGCUGGGCUGUGGUCAGGCACUGAGGGCUGAUGGGAGUGUUGUCUCUGGUCAUGGAGAGGACACUGUGUGGCUGAGUAGAGUGGAGUGCAGAGGCAGUGAGUUCCAGCUGUGGGACUGCUCUCUCUCCCUGAAGAACCACACUGACUGUUCCAAAGAGAGACACGCCAAGGUCACCUGUACAGAUCGAUCCUCUGAACCUCCAACUACCACAGGUGAAUGUCAUCGUUAUGAGCUGGAAAGUAAUGACAUCUACCAGUUCCUUACCAACAUCAGUUGUUACCAGAUGGACCACAACCUCAAAGACUCAAUCUCCAGUUCCACGUCAUUCUGCUCCCUUGGCGGUUUUCCUGGUUUUAGGAACACUGCUCCUACUGCUGGUGGUGCUUCUGCCCUUUCCAAGAGGAAACACAUGACUAUGUCUGAAGUGGUCUAUGAGGAGAUUAAUGACAGAUUCAUGACUAAAAGAACCAAUAACACUGUUCAGAGGGACGAAAAAGUUGAGUGUUAUGAUGAUGAGAAAACUAUUGGUGACCAGACACAUGAGUGGGAAAAUGAGGAUGAGGUUACACCAGAGUAUUAUGAUGAUGUUGAGUCUGUUGGAGAUGUUCAGCAAUAUGUUCAGAGGAUGGAAUAUGAAAAUGUGGUGGAAGAAACUCUCAAAGGCCAGAGAAAACUCUCUGAAGAUUACGUCAACACAACCGAAACAACCAAAUAA